AUGAAGUGCCAGCAUGCAGGGCCGCCGAUGAACCCAGCUCAACCACUACAUCGAGUCCAAGCGCAAGAAAUGGUAACCCAUAAUAGUGGUUUUCAUUCAGAUUGCGAGGGCAUGGCUGAUGGCUUCUUCGAGAAGGAGCCAUGCUCGUCAUUCUUCCUCACAUGCUCUGGCGGAGUGUCUCGAAUUUUGACGUGUCCUGCGAACCUUGUAUUCGACCAGAAACUAACGAUCUGUGAAUAUCCUGACAAUGUCGAAGGGUGCAGGGCCGCCGAUGGAUCUGGUUCGCAACCAGGUCGCCAAAUAACCAUGCACUGUCCAGCAAAGUUGGCAUUCGACGAGUCAAGGCAGCUCUGUGAUUACCCCGGCGCCGUAGCCGCUUGCAAUGAGCAGGAGUCUGGUGAGAGUUCUGGCGCAUCAUCUAGAGAGCCUUCAAGAGAGUUGUCCGGAGAAAGCUCAGGCGAAGCAUCAGCAGAGGACUAUGGUGAAGCAUCAGGGGAGAACUACGAAGCAUCAGCUGAAGCAUCAGGAGAGAGCUAUGAAGCGUCAGGCGAACCAUCAGGAGGAAGCUAUGAUGCUUCAGGCGAAGCACCAGUAGAGAACUAUGAAGCGUCAGGCGGAACAUCAGAAGAGAACUAUGAAGCUUCGGGAGACGCAUCCCGAGGGAACUAUGAAACUUCGGAGCAGCCGAGUGUAGCGCAUCCCAGUGGCACUAGUGAAUAUGGGGGCUCUUCCCGUGGACAGUCCGCUCCAUCCCGCGAAAAUGAUGUCGAAGGAUCUGCGAAAGCCUCGUGGGAGUCCUCCGGAACUCAUGAAGGCUACUCCAGUUACGGCGAUGAGGCCCCCGGAGGGCUCUCCCACGAAGCUUCGACAAGUUACGAAGCGUCGGGCGAGUCCUCUGGUGAGCCAGAUAUCGCUCGGUUUCUGAAUGUUUUAGUUGGUAUUUUCUUAAUUUUAAGUGACAUUUCAGGAAACUUGGGCCAGGACGCAGCCGCCAAUCCAGCAUAUCAGGCUCCAGAGGGUGCGGCGCAGAAUGAGCAGAGCGAGUCAACAACUGCAGUAUCUGAAACAGUGAGGGCGUUUUGUGAGGGCAAGAUGGACGGUUUCUACGCUCAUGGAUGCUCAUCAGAGGUGAUCGCUUGUAGAGGUGGUGAGGCGAAAUCGAUGCUGUGCCCGUCUCAUAUGCUCUAUGACGAGCAGAAGCGCGUAUGUGAGUACCCCGAAAACGUACCUUGCUACAGAGCAGAGCAUCGAUCUUGUGCUGAAUCGUCGAAAGUGAAAGAAUGCUCAACAGCACAGUCAGAACCGACAACGGAAACUAACGAGCAAGUGCCUGAAGGCGGAUAUUCUGCACCGCAGUUCGAGGAGUCAACCCCGAUGCCACAACAGCCAGCUGCUGACGCCGGAUAUUCUGCACCGCAGUUCGAGGAGUCAACCCCGAUGCCACAACAGCCAGCUGCUGACGCCGGAUAUUCUGCACCGCAGUUCGAGGAGUCAACCCCGAUGCCACAACAGCCAGCUGCUGACGCCGGAUAUUCUGCACCGCAGUUCGAGGAGUCAACCCCGAUGCCACAACAGCCAGCUGCUGACGCCGGAUAUUCUGCACCGCAGUUCGAGGAGUCAACCCCGAUGCCACAACAGCCAGCUGCUGACGCCGGAUAUUCUGCACCGCAGUUCGAGGAGUCAACCCCGAUGCCACAACAGCCAGCUGCUGACGCCGGAUAUUCUGCACCGCAGUUCGAGGAGUCAACCCCGAUGCCACAACAGCCAGCUGCUGACGCCGGAUAUUCUGCACCGCAGUUCGAGGAGUCAACCCCGAUGCCACAACAGCCAGCUGCUGACGCCGGAUAUUCUGCACCGCAGUUCGAGGAGUCAACCCCGAUGCCACAACAGCCAGCUGCUGACGCCGGAUAUUCUGCACCGCAGUUCGAGGAGUCAACCCCGAUGCCACAACAGCCAGCUGCUGACGCCGGAUAUUCUGCACCGCAGUUCGAGGAGUCAACCCCGAUGCCACAACAGCCAGCUGCUGACGCCGGAUAUUCUGCACCGCAGUUCGAGGAGUCAACCCCGAUGCCACAACAGCCAGCUGCUGACGCCGGAUAUUCUGCACCGCAGUUCGAGGAGUCAACCCCGAUGCCACAACAGCCAGCUGCUGACGCCGGAUAUUCUGCACCGCAGUUCGAGGAGUCAACCCCGAUGCCACAACAGCCAGCUGCUGACGCCGGAUAUUCUGCACCGCAGUUCGAGGAGUCAACCCCGAUGCCACAACAGCCAGCUGCUGACGCCGGAUACCCUGCUCCGAAACCAGAGUCAACUCCGCUACCACAACAGCCAUCUAAUGACGCU